AUGGAUCCAGCCAUACUGCGCUUGUUCACGAUCCUGAACCGGCAGGUGCGAGGCAAAGCCGGAGCAAUACCGAAAGAAUAUUUCGAGUUGUGUCGAUGCCAUCCAGAAGACUACUCUCGCCCUACAAAAGGCAUUUCAGGAAAGGACCUCUUGAUCACUGCAAGUCAACGGUGUUUGAUGUGUAAAAUAAUCCAACAAGGAUUGGAAGCAGCUCUUGGCACUCCGAUUGACGAGAGGUACAAUAUCAAGUAUAAACUGAAGGAAGGAUUCGGCCUCAAGAUCCAUUACAUGCUCAAAGAUGACUGGAAGACGCGCAAAACAUAUCAGGUGUAUGCCGCGCAAGAUCCAAUGAAACUGCCAGAUACUUCUGAAGAACUUCCAUUGGGGCAUGAUAUCCAUAAAGAUCCACUCUCGAGCGCAUCCAUUGCGCGUAUCAAAGCAACCUUGGUGCAGUGCCGGGAAAACCAUACUCACUGCCGGUCCGAUUCUGCGUUUGCCCUGCCGACUCGCGUUUUAUACGUGGGCAAUCAAACGAAGCUACCAUAUCUUCUCUGCACUGAAAACGAAAUCGGAGACUAUGUCGCGUUGAGCCACUGUUGGGGCUCUGACAACACAUUGAAGACAACUACCAACACACUAGAGGAACGGCAAAAUGGGAUCGACUGGCAGACUUUGCCGAAAACAUUUCAAGAUGCCAUUCAAGUUACUCGAGAACUAGGCUUUGAUUAUAUUUGGAUCGAUUCACUUUGUAUCGUGCAAGAUGAUCCUCAGGACUGGGAGAACGAGGCCGCUAAGAUGGGAUGCAUAUAUGAAAAGGCGGUGCUGACGAUUGCUGCGUCUGUGGCCGACGCGGACGAUGCCGGAUUCCUGCAGAACCGAGGCGAACAUCUAAGCAAGUCGUACACGAUCAAUCAUGAGAAGCUCGAGAAGGGCAAAGGUGAGUUUCGCAUUCGCGAACAUCUGCCAGCGCACAGGAGGCACGACAUUGCUUCCAAAAUCCGGGAUUCAUGGCGUUCAACCAUCAUUGGACCGGCGGCCCCAAUGGAGCCUUUGGAUCACCGAGCGUGGACUUUCCAGGAGCGACUCGUAUCGCGAAGACUGUUGUCCUUCUGCAGAAGAGAGUAUGAAUGGGACUGCUUAAGUGGGACAGACUGUGAAUGUGGCGGGCGACGAAGAGACUUCAACUCAGAUGGAUGGGACGCCAGAAACGGUAGCACACGCCAAGUGUAUCAAUCGUUGCUGCAGGAACAUUUGGGGGAUCCUGACGCUUUCCUUAAAGGACGUGACUCGAAAGAGUUGAGUAUCGAACUGGCCAUGAGGUUCAGCGCUCUACAACGCGGCCAUCCAAUGUCCUGUGGCCGAUGUCCAGACUGCACGAAGCCUCGGAAGCUUACAGCGGAAGAGAAACGUGACCGAGCAUACACUCUAUGGCGAACCCAUUUAGUCCCCGCUUACUCUCAGCUGAGUCUGACGAAGGAAACGGACCGCUUGCCAGCGCUCCAGGCAAUCGCCCGAGGCCUUCAUUCUCUGUGUGGAGAGUAUAUUGCGGGGAUGUGGAAGGAUGAUCUACCUACCGCAAUGGCCUGGACAUCUGGAGCGUACGGCUCAAAUGGGCCCCAGCCAGGACGUCCCGUGGACAAGAGGGCGCCGUCCUGGAGCUGGGCAUCAAUUGAGGGCGCGGUUGAUCAUUGUAUCAACUUUGAAGACGAGUUCAAAGCCAUCUGCGACCUUGCUGUUGUCCGAACGUGGCCUGAGAACUGCGAAGGCUUCUCGAAUGUUGACUUUGCCGUGGCUGGCAUGCGCGGACAUCUUCUUCCUGCAACUCUGGAGGUGCGCAAGCUUGUGGCGAGGGAGGAGGGCGACCAGGCACAGAAGAGCACGUUUGAAUAUACGUGCACGAUUGCAGAACACCGUUUCCUCAUGUACCCAGACUCGGUGCUCGAGAGGGUAGACGAUGCGCUGGAAAGGUCAACUACUGGCACGCAACAGGAGUUGUCGUGCCGGGUCACAGUUCUUGCGUCUCUUGUCAUUCGAGGAAAGAGCUCGACCAUCUCAGAGGAUGACCAUGACCAUGACGAUUUGCUUAACUUGACCAAUGAACGACGGCUGGUGUUCUUGGUGCUGGACCGAUAUGAGGAUGGCGAAUCUCGGAGCCCUUACAGACGCAUCGGCAUCGUUCCGUUUGUGAAUUCUAGGCUUUUGCCGGAGAACUGGUUCGAACAGUGGCAGCCAAGCAUCUUCCUCCUUGCUUGA